UAAAGAUCUAAAACCCCUUCCAAGAACAUGCAUCUCUACUCCAAGAAGCUUAUCCUCUCUCUCCUCCUCUUCUCUUCUCUCCUCAUCCCCAUCGCUUCAUCCAAUCCGUCCAUCGGCAUCAACUACUCACAACACCCCGCCUCCGAUCUCCGCCACCCUGAUCGCAACGUCUCCACCGUCCGAUCUCUCGGCGUAUCCCACGUCCGAGUCCUUGAUCCCGAUCCUGACAUCGUCCAUCCCUUCUCUAACUCAGGUAUCUCCAUCCUCUCCAUCCCCAACACUUUCAUCCAUGCGAUUGCGGCCAACCGAACCGAAGCCAUCAAAUGGCUCUACAGCCAUGUGGUCCCCUUCUACCCACGGGCCCACAUCACCGCCAUCUCCGUCGGCAAUGAUGUCCUCACCUCCUUCCCUGAGCUCUCCACCUCUCUGCUGUCCGCCAUCUGGAAUGUCUAUCUUGCCCUCCAGGAGCUUGGAAUCCGCAAUAUCUCGGUCUCCACUGCCCAUUCCUUUGACGUAAUCACAAGCCCAUUCCCACCCUCGGCUGCUGAAUUCCAAGAACCCAUUACGGGAUCGAUCAUGAAGCCGCUCCUCAAUUUCCUCUCUACCACCAACUCGCCGUUCUUGAUCAACGCCUACCCAUACGAUCUGUACAGAAAAUACCCAGAUAUCCUAAUCGGGCGGUGAUCAGCGCGAUCGCAGCAGUGGGCCAUACGAGCAUACCUGUGAUCGUGACGGAAACAGGGUGGCCCAGCGAUGGGGAUGCGAACGAACUGUUUGCAAGAAUGUCCAGUGCGGGUUUGGUAAGGCAUAUGAGGUCGAGCCUCGGGACGCCGCUGCGGAGGGAACGAGCCACGGAGACUUACAUAUUUGUGCUGUUCGAUGAGGACACGAAGCAAGGGCUGGGAUUGGAUCGGCACUGGGGUAUUUUGAAUGGGAACAUGACGGUGAAAUAUCCGAAUCGUUUCUCCGAUUCAGGUCGAUACAGCAGGACCCGGUUGGGGAAUAAUGGUGACUUUCUGUUUGAUAUUUGGGAUGAUUUUGUAUGAUCUGGGGUUAGUGGAAUAAGGUGGCAAGAAAUUUUAUUCUUUUCUUUCUUCAUUUUUUUUUUGGUAGGAUGAUCUGUGCACAUGUGAUAUAUACAUUACUUCAUCAAUCAAACACUUGGAAGUUGUGCGAAUUACAUUGGAUAUAUUGUUUUUGAAUUUUAAAUUGAUCUGAUGUUUCUAAUCUUGAGAUUUAAAGAGGCCCAUAAAGGUGAGACCCAAACCAGACCCAAUUUCUCCAUGGUCUGAAAAUGGGACCAUGACACGUUAAAAUCAGGUUGGGUCCAACGGAUUCCCAUGGGUCUGGUGCCCAAAGACAGCACUACCAGCCUGGCCCAGCGACAGGCCAAACCCGUCAAGCCCAAGCCCAGGUCUUGAUAGGCCAAAACUAAUAAG